AUCGGAACCAAGGUUACUAUACCGAUUCCUGUCUGGUUAUAGACUUUAUCCCUACUUUAUAGUGUAUAUAAUAUAUACUAUUGUUUCACAAAGUAUAAACCAAAUUUUGGCCAUGAGCUAAACAUGAUUACCCGUCAUUACGUCAAGUAUGCUGUCCAUGGUCCGGGUCUCCGGGAUUCGGAAAUUAUUGUGUGUAUUAUUUUUAUUUUUCAUUUUUUCUGAAAAAUAAAUGUUAUCUGCUUGAUAGGAGGAAAGUCGUUUGUCUAUCUGUUGGGAAAUCAGCAGAAUCACUUGUAUCCGUGUAAACCCUAAUUUUGGCGCUUCAAAACCCUAUCAACCAUAGUCGAGAGAUAAAUCAAGAUGGAAGAAGACGGUAUAGGUAUGGUACUUGCUCGAGCUUCGGAGCUGCGGUCCAAGAUCACCAACUGCAUUCACAAUGCAUCAUCUAUUGAUGCCACAACACUAGAGGGAGGAACAGAGUAUAAAGAAGAAGCAGAUGAUGAAGAAGAAGAAGCCGAGAGCCUUUUGAACAUUCGCGAUUCCCUCGAAGUCCUUGAGGCUCAACUUUCUUCUUUGCAGUCAUUACAACAGCAGCAAUGGUAUGAAAAGGAAACAUCUCUCACUGAGAUCGAUUACAGUCGCAAAAAGCUGCUACAGAAGCUAAAAGCAUACAAAGGGGAGGACUUAGAUGUCAUACGUGAAGCCACUGCUUUUGCUAGCUCAACAGUAGAGAAAGAAAACAACGAUCUUCUUCUUCCUCCAUACCCAACUCGCCCUUCUCCCUCUCUUGAUCCUGACAACGGUUACCUAUCACACUUCUCUUUAACACCCAAAAUACACACAAAUGGCCCUCCAAAUGGUCAACCAAAGGGAAGUUUCCAUCAUUCAGAACCCAAAACCUCGUUACAGGGGUUGAGACAAAUUAUGGUUGCAGCUGCAAAAAGGGUAUUUCCAAUUGUUGGUUUUAUAGCUGCUCUGCAUUUAUCUGGUUUUGAAUUCGGUAGAAGAGGGAGUCUACCCAAGGUGGUUUUGGGCAUGUCUCAAGAACAAAGGAAUCAAGAAAAAGGAGAAAUGAUGGUUGAAUGUCCACCCGGGAAGGUUUUGGUUGUUGAAAAUGGUGAAAGUCGAUGCCUUGUGAAAGAAAGAGUGGAAAUUCCUUUCAAAUCUGUUGUCACAUUACCUGAUGUAAAUUAUGGGUGUGGUUAAGUGAUUCUUUUUUCAUUCCAUUGUUUGUAUAUCCAGUUUCUUAUGGAAACCAUGUUAGUAAAUCUGCUUUUAGGAUCAAGAGUGCUGAGUUCUUUCUUCUCUUCCCAAGAUAACCUUCUUUAUACAUACAUAUAUCCUACCCUUUUGUACAAAUUUAUGUCACAUUAACUAAAAACCUUAAAAACACAAACUAGUUUAUACACUAAUCUGACAUUAAAGCACCAACAACACCAGCGAUUAAAGUAGUCGGAUCACCAAGAACAGCUGAUAUCACAAAUUGCAAAGCUAAACCAGCUAUCUUACAACAUUUCUUCAUUCUCCCUUUAGUUUUCUUAUGAUAAUUCUUCAUAAGUGUCCCCUUCAAACUAGGAAUUUUUAUCUCCACAUUCCAAUUUUCCCCAUACAUAUAAACCUCACCAUAACAUAUGUCAUGCCAACUCUCCAUCAACAUCUCCUUUGCACACGCCACAUGCAAGUUAUACUUCUUGCAUACCGACCUAUAGCUCCAGCUCCGCCCUCUGCCGCCACACCGGUGGCAGGAUGACCUCACUUUCCGGCACAAGUAGAGCUUAACCUCACCAUCAUCCAAGAUUGUUGGAAGCUUUGCACAACAUGGAUGUAGGUCAAAUCCGCACGCGUGGCAGUGGUAGACAAACCCUAAGAUGUCUUUUUCACAGGCGUUACAGUAGCGGGGUAGUGAGCCUGGUGGGGUGGGGAGGAAUUGGAAUGUGCAUUUGGUGUAAAAAGGGUGGGAGAUUGAAGGGGAAGGGAGAGCACAAUGGAUGUGUAAGUUGUGGUUACAUGUGGUGCAUGUAUAGUUGGAUCCUAUUCCAGCUUCUUUGCAACCAUUGCAUUUGAAGGGGAUUUGGGUGUAAUUGUGGUUGAGGUUGUGUUCAUGGUGGUUGAAAUUGGAAAUGUAAAUUUGAUUGUAUUUCAUGGUGGAUGGGUGGAAAGGAAAUACAGAUUUAGAAUGUUGGAUGAUUUCUUUAUAGAUGUGAAAUCUUGGAUUUGUAUGUGUUCCUUUAAAGGCUUAACA